GCUGCCUACCUCUCUCCCUCUCUCUCUCUCUCUCUCUCUAUCUCUCUCACUCUCAGCUCACCUCGAUUCACCGUCACCACCUAACGUUUGCCGCGCUCUCACCGGAUCCUCCGCGAUGUCUGCUCGCGUCUCACCUCUCCACCAUUUGUGCUCGGCUGCUCGCGUCUCGCGGCGCCUCCCUUCGGCAGUGAGUGCUCGAGCUGCAUUUUGGCUGCUCAUCGUCCGUGGUUGUUCCUGCUUUUACUGCAGCACCCCUAGUUGUCUCUACUCGAUUCUGCCUCUCAGUCUCACUCUAGUCUCGUCUCAGUCACACUGCCGGCGUCUCAUUAUUUGUCAGUCUCGUCGCUGUCAUCUCAACGUCUCGCGGCCUUCCCUGGUAUCCUCGUCGCCGGCAACAGAAGCAACUAGUGGUGUUGUCGCUUUCUUCGUCGCCUUCCAUGUGGUCGUCGUCGCUCGUCGUUUUCUGGUUUCGGAUCCUUGCCCUCUCCGAGUCACCGUGGACCGUGGACUGUUGAUCGAGUGGCGCCAUGAUGACAAAGCGUGUGAGGUAAAGCAUCCCGCCCCACCCAACCAUCCUUACUUCACGUUAACCACAACACGCCGACCACGAGUCCCAGGUGGAAUCGUACCGGAGGAUUUCAUGAACUCCGAGGACUACCUCAAUGGCGAGGACAAAUUAAAGGGCACCAAUAGGCUCCACUUUCUUCCCUCUUUGAGGUGGAAGUGGCUCGAUUCCAUGAUUUCAACGUGCUUGGAUGGCAAUUCCACUAUUCUCUGCCUCAACCAAUGAGAAAGUGUGAAC